UCUGAUGUCCAAUUUUACAUGAAUAAUUACUGGAAAAUGAAAAUGUAUUACCCAUUUAAAUAUAUCAUACUGCACGGCUUUAUAUUGGCAUUACGUUAUAUUGUCCCUUUACAAGCAACCUUUUUAUCAGCUAUCCAAAUAUUUCAAGAGACCUACAUAUGAAAUUACAUAUCAUCAGGAGAAGGGUAUGAGAUUUCACUCUGGAAAAAAAUAAGUCUUCCUCCACUACAAUGAACAAAGAGCAUCCUGCGCAAUUAUUUUUUAAAAAAACUGUCAUACCCACUGAUUUUGCUAAAAACUUUAGAAAGAAGAUGUGACACAUUUCCACAGUAAGGACUUAAUGAACUUAAAAAAAAAAAAAUUGUCUGCACUUUUAAGACCAGAUUUAGCAGUAUCUUCUGCAAAUUGGGCUGGACUAGGCAUUUGUGUAGGCAUCUAUAUGUGCUUCUGGGCAAAGGAGGUCUACUCUGAGUGCCAAACAAGCCAUAUGCAUUUUCAGGUCAAGAAUUCUAUGUACAUGCAUUGAUAGACAGCAGUCAUAGCAAAUGUCACCUGGAUUGUUUUAUUUUUAGACCAUUUUUUUUCCACAGUGUUUGAGAGGAUUUAGGAAACUGGAAGCCCUAAGCACAAGGCCUCUACAGUUCCAGACAGAUAAAAUUUUGCAAAUAUAAAUUAACUACACUGCGCACCUGUGACCUCUGACUUACAUCCACCAGAACACAUGUACAGUUCCAUGUGAAAAUGUGCUGCACCAACCUUUUUGUAAGCUCAAGUUUCAUAAAUCCAAAGAAAUGGCCAGUUCCUGUGCAGACUUUAUAUACCACAAAUAAGAAACAAGCUGAAAUCCUUUGGAAUAAGGCACAUCUGGCAAAGGAUUCAAAGAAGUUAUUUCAAAUUUGAGGGCUUAGAGGCUGUGCUUUUCCUAGGAUGCCACAGAUUUUCACAAUCUUUUUUCAGAGCUGUAGUCUUCUAACUCUGGGGAGGUUAAUUUUGAGGAGACUGAACACUGCCUAAACAGACAGGGAUUCACUUCCUUUGGAUAAGUCCCCUGAGUAAGGAAAGGCAAUCAGUUACUGGGAAGGGAGCAAGGAUCUGAACCUGCAGCCAAGAGGCUGCUCUCUUUCAACUGCUCAGUAGCUGUUUUUUCUUAACUAGUGAGUGUGCAGCUCCUGAAACAUUACUUUCUUGCUUUCUGUAAUUCAGUGCAACAGCUGUCUAACUAGAACUAAUCUGUGAAUAAUAUUGACUUCUAUGUGUAUGCAUAGUAUAUCUAUAUCCCAUAGUAUGAAGAGACUUUGUAAACAACCACGUGCUGACUAAUGAAUGAACAGCCUAAGGCAACCAGUCUGUGCUGCAAGAUCACACUCUACAUGUACUGAGCAGCUCUCCAUUCAUCUGCAAAAUUCUUACUCUCUUUUUGUGCUCCAGUUUUCCAUCUGUAACCCCAAAGUGAUAUGCAAGUGUCACCAAAAGCAAGCUCAUGUAAUUCUCAAAAACCUGGGGCAGGGGGAGUGGAGAAAGCUUGCACUGUAACAAAGAUGUGUUGUUUAGUGUCCAGAAAACAACCAAGAAGAAAGACAAUUUUAUACUUACAGACUCUGAUGAGAUAUGACCACAGCUCCUUGUGAGGAUUUUCCCAUUUUUGCUUGAAAGCUGACUAAUUUUUCAGAAGAUUCCACAUGGAUUUUCACCAUUUAAAAACUGACUCAAUAGCUGUGUAUUAUAGCAGGAUUUCAUUAACUAGAUCCUCUGCAUAUAUUUAUGUAUUUCUUUUCAUAAUGUUUUUCCUGCUUUCUUCUACUUCCGUUUCUUCCAAUACUUUUUUGGCCUUGUAUUCAAGAGCCUCCCUCUCCUCUUUAAUGAGACUUACACUGCUCAUCUUGCGCAUGAAGUUGUGCUAUUUCUGAGUAGUGACAGCUCUCUUCCACUGUCCUCUCAUUUGCUUCCCCUGACCUUGCUGUCCCAGAGAACCUCACAUCUUUUCACUUCUGUGAGACUCUAUACAACCUUCUCUGACUAACACCACGUUAAAGUGAUAUAUUCAGGCAUUUGUAAAGUGGAGGUGCCUUUGGCUUACAAACAACUUGAGGCCACAUUUUUGUCCUUUUUACAGUAUUCCUGCAUGAAAAGCAUAGCAUAGUUGACAGGUUUAGUCCUAGUUUCUCUAUACCUGCUAGCUUGCUCUCUCUGAUGCUUGGAAUUUGAGAGUGAAGGUGAUUGCAUCUGUUGUGAUGAACAAGGUCUCUGACACUGAAUGUUCUGCUCUGCUCCUCCAGAAACAUUUUUGCUGCUGGUCUCGAACUUCUGGAGGAAGCAGCCCCAGUAACUGGCUUUCAUGGCAGAUUUCAUAGGGGCUGAGAUGAAUCUCUGAAUGGAGAUCUGGCUCUGCUGCCCUCAUGCCUGCACAAGCAGCUGUUCUCCAGAGCUCAGUGGCUGCUUUGUGCUCCUGAAAGACUUUGGAUAUACGUUUCACCAGUAGUCCUAAUCGACUUUAUGUACCUAUUGUUAUAAAGUGAGGCUUUUUCUGUAUCACUUGUAGUGCUUUUUGAGGCCUCUGACGCAGGACACUCUGUACAGCACUCAAGAACACUACAACUAAGUAUGAUGGCUGUGGCCUUGCCAGCACUUCUUCAGUUCGCUAUCUCUGAACAGCACUCAGAACUGUGUAUGCAAAGGUAAAAGCCCCUGCUUUUGUGAUAGCGUGAAAGGCAAUAAGGGUGAAAAAGGCUUCCCUGGUGUUCCCGGUCCACCUGGUCAUAGAGGCUUUCCAGGUCCGGAAGGGCCUCCAGGACCACAGGGACCAAAGGGUUCACCAGGGCUUAUGGGCUUAGCUGGACCCAAAGGUAUACGGGGAGUCCCAGGAAUACCUGGAUUUUCAGGUCCCCCAGGCCUUCCAGGUGAACCAGGAAUUGCUGGCCACCCUGGGCGCUCAGGUGUUCCAGGUUGCAACGGCACAAAGGGUGAUCGAGGUUUCCCAGGUCCUCCAGGUAGAAGAGGUGCUCCAGGCAUUCCAGGUAUUGCUGGCAUCAAAGGAGAUAAGGGGUGCCCUGCAGAUGGAUAUGACCAAGGAUAUGGUGCAAAAGGUGAUCCUGGAUUGCCAGGAAUGCCUGGACUUCAGGGUGCUCAGGGUGUUCAAGGAUAUCCUGGGGAAACUGGACCACAGGGCCUUCCAGGAACUUCAGGAAUGCCAGGGAGACCAGGACCUCCUGGACCUAAGGGUCUUAUGGGAAUGAAAGUGAUAGGAACCAAAGGAAGAAAGGGAGACACUGGAUUAACUGGACCUCCUGGACCACCAGGAACCGUUAUUGUUACAUUAAGUGGACCAGACAACAUGACGGACUUGAAAGGAGAGAAAGGAGAAAAAGGAUCAAGAGGACUUCCAGGGCCAAAGGGAUUUACAGGGCCAACUGGUGAUUCUCAGAGUGAAAAGGGUGACCGAGGAGAACCUGGAGCACAGGGUAAACCUGGUAAAGAAGGUGCUCCAGGCCUACCUGGAUUACCGGGACAAAAUGGUGAACAGGGCAAACCAGGACUGGCUGGCAGACAAGGAGCUAAGGGUAUAAAAGGAAACACUGGCCCACCUGGAGCUUGUGGUCGAACAGAGUAUUAUGACGUAGUUGGUGAAAAAGGAGAUGAAGGACCUCCUGGACCUCCUGGACCAAAAGGCCAACGUGGCAUGCCUGGGCCACAGGGUCCUCCUGGAGACGCUGGUAGACCAGGUGUGUCAAGACCUGGUCUGAGAGGUCCCCCAGGAUUUCCUGGGCCAAAAGGAGCAAAAGGAGAAAAAGGACAAGCGGGCUUGUGUAUUGUAGGCCCUCCAGGACUACCUGGGAUUACAGGCAGAAUUGGUUCUGUUGGCUUGCCAGGUCCUCCGGGAGAACCAGGGAGAGUAACUUUUAGAACUGGCCUUCCAGGACUUCCUGGACAGCCAGGGUAUACAGGACCUCCAGGACCUCCAGGAGACACUGGCAUGAAAGGUGAUGAAGCUUGCACCUGUACUGAUUGCAGCUAUAUUCCGGGAACACCUGGUCUUCCUGGUUCUCCUGGGCCACGUGGCCAAGAUGGCAUCCCCGGUAGAGAAGGAACACCAGGUCCCAAGGGAGCUCCAGGUUCUCCAGGGGCACCAGGUUUUCCAGGAGCUCAAGGACCUCCAGGUUUUAAAGGAGAUCAAGGACGUAAGGGAUCAAAAGGUGAGCCAGGAUAUGUGUAUCCAGAGGGACCAAAAGGGGAGCAAGGAGACCCAGGAACCAGGGGAGACAAAGGAAGAAAAGGAUCAAGUGGAUUUCUGGGAAGACCUGGCUCUAAAGGUCACAAAGGUUCUAAAGGUGAAGAGGGAUUGCCUGGUUCAAAAGGAGAUAGAGGGCAACCCGGAUUGCCUGGUAACCCUGGUCUUCCUGGAGAGAUGGGGCUUCCUGGACUGCCAGGAUAUGGACCGCAAGGAAUAAGAGGUGUUAAAGGCUCGAAAGGAUUACCUGGUCCGCAUGGAUUGCCUGGAGAAGCUGGUCUGAAAGGAGACACCAGUAGGAUAGCUCCACUACCUGGGUUGCCAGGACCUCAGGGACCAGAUGGUUUACCCGGACCCCCAGGAGUGCCUGGUAGGGUUGGAACAAGUGGUCAGCCAGGUGAUGUGGGGCACCCAGGGCCAGCAGGUGACACAGGCUUUCCAGGCCUUGGGUUUCCUGGAAAUCCGGGCCCAAAAGGAGAUAAAGGACUUCCUGGAGGCAGAGGGGCACCAGGUUGUGAAGGAAAGAUUGGAGAGCCAGGCCGAGCUGGAAAUUUAGGACAACCAGGAGAAAAGGGUGACCCAGGCAUGAUUAUUCCUGGAGAGCCAGGCAAACUGGGUUCACCAGGAGGUCGUGGCAUUCCUGGCCCAAAAGGUGAUACUGGAUUUCCAGGACUUCCAGGCUUACCAGGGCAUGCUGGACGUGACGGCGAUGGUGGCCUAAGAGGAGAUCCAGGCUCGUCUGGUGUUCCUGGGGAUCCAGGUUUUCCAGGGAAACCUGCUGAAUGUCUUAUUGGCUUGCCAGGUUUGCCAGGUGCUCAGGGAGCUAUAGGCCCACCAGGAAGAAGAGGUUCACUAGGUUCAAAAGGCAAACUAGGUCCUCCUGGCUUGGGUAUCCCUGGAGUCUAUGGAAAGCCUGGGGAACCUGGAUUAAUAGGUCUCCUGGGAAACACAGGAUUACCUGGUCUCAAGGGACAGUCUGGAAGGCCAGGAGUCUCUGGUGUGCCAGGCUCUAGGGGAGAUCCAGGUAUAAUGGGUCCAUUAGGAAUUCCUGGACCCCCUGGCAGGAUUGGAAGUCCAGGCAACCCUGGUGUCAGAGGUUCUUUUGGCUCCCCAGGGCUGAAAGGAAGAAAAGGGUUUCUUGGAGCACAAGGUGAACCAGGUGACAAAGGUUUUCCAGGACCAUCUGAAACCUUGGUUGUGAUUGGAAAUAAAGGAGAGCAAGGCUCAAAAGGAGUCCAAGGGAGAAUGGGUCUAAAAGGAGAAAAAGGAGAUGCAGGUGUGCAAGGUCCCCCAGGUCUUACUGGGUCUGAAGGAGUGCCUGGUGUACCAGGUGUCAAAGGAUUCAUGGGUCUUCCAGGGAGUCCUGGAGGACAAGGAUUUCCGGGUGCACCAGGAAACAAAGGGAACAUGGGAAUUCCAGGUCAAAAAGGACACAAGGGAUCUCCAGGCUUUCCAGGAACUUCAGGUGACCCUGGUCCAGCAGGCUAUGGUGGCUUUCCAGGUGAAAAAGGAGACCCUGGGCACCCAUCUCCUGGACUCCCAGGAGAACCUGGUCCAAAGGGAGAUCCAGGUGCCCCUGGAGUUUUGGGCAGGAAAGGAGAAAAAGGGUCCCAGGGUCAGCCAGGACAUGAAGGAGCAUCUGGACUACAUGGGCUCAGAGGAGAAACGGGAGUUGCUGGAAACCCAGGGCAAAUUGGACUUCCUGGAGAUGCUGGAGUUAAAGGACAGCAGGGCCACCCAGGACAGCAGGGUGUUACGGGCUCUCCUGGUGCUGUUGGAUACCCUGGAGAAAAUGGACUUGCUGGUGAAAGAGGUAAUCAGGGUCAGGACGGUAUGCCUGGUCCCCCAGGAGUAAAGGGAGAACAAGGAGCACCAGGGAGGGGAAUCCCUGGCCUUCAAGGUGUUCCUGGUCGUAGAGGAGUCAAAGGGGACAUGGGGCUGCCUGGUUUUCCUGGGCCUCCGGGUAUGAAAGGUCAUCAGGGUGACCAAGGACCCAUUGGACCUCCUGGCUUAAUGGGUUUACCUGGAUUUCAAGGAGCAACAGGCAUGGCAAUUACUGGCCCAAAAGGGAAUAGAGGCAUUGCUGGUGCAGAUGGAAGACCAGGUAUUCCUGGUUUUCAAGGGCUGCCUGGUCUUCCCACUCUCAGCAUGAAAGGAAGCAAAGGUGUUAGAGGAGCAGAUGGCAUACAAGGACCAACGGGCCCAGCUGGUGACAGUGGCCCUCCAGGUCCAAAAGGAGUAGAAGGCCGACCAGGUUAUCCUGGUGCUAGAGGGGACCCUGGCUUUCUUGGAUUUCCAGGUGUAAAAGGAGAAAAGGGUAAUCAAGGACCCCCUGGACCACGAGGGGCAGAAGGGCCAAGGGGACCAAAAGGCCAACCUGGUCCACCUGGAGUCUCUGGGAGAAUAUUCUCUGUCCCAGGAAGCAAGGGGCCUCCUGGACUGCCAGGAAUCCCAGGAGCACCUGGUGAUCAAGGAAUUCAAGGGAUUCCUGGACUACAAGGACCUAAAGGAGUAAAAGGUCUACCAGGAAGUUUUGGUCGUCCAGGUCAACCAGGACUGCCUGGUCCAAAAGGAGACAGGGGAUUUCCAGGACAAAGAGGGCAGCCUGGAUUGAUUGGCUUUCCUGGUCUACAGGGAUUGCCUGGAUCACCAGGUACCAUCACCACUGGUCCAACAAGAAGAGGUUUUAUCUUUACUCGACAUAGUCAGUCAACAAAGAUUCCUUCAUGCCCACCUGGGACAUCACAAAUCUACGUUGGUUAUUCACUGCUUUUUGUACAAGGAAAUGAACGAGCACACGGACAAGACCUUGGAACAGCUGGUAGCUGCUUGCAGAGAUUUACCACCAUGCCAUUCUUAUUCUGUAAUACCAAUGAUGUGUGCAGUUUUGCUUCUCGCAAUGACUAUUCAUACUGGCUGUCAACUGCAACAGCAAUGCCAAUAGACAUGGCACCAAUUUCUGGCAAAGCCUUAGAGCCCCAUAUAAGCAGAUGCAUUGUCUGUGAAGGACCUGCAAUGGUAAUAGCAGUUCAUAGCCAAACAACUGCAGUUCCUGCAUGUCCAGGAGGCUGGAUAUCUCUCUGGAAGGGCUUUUCUUUUGUUAUGUAUACAAGUGCUGGUUCAGAAGCUUCUGGCCAAGCACUGGCAUCUCCUGGAUCUUGUCUGGAGGAAUUUCGAGCCAUCCCAUUCAUAGAGUGCCACGGCAGGGGGACAUGCAACUACUACACAAACUCCUACAGCUUCUGGUUGGCAUCACUAAAUCCAAGAAGAAUGUUCAGGAAACCUCAGCCACAGACAUUGAAAGCAGGAGAACUAGAAAACAUCAUCAGCCGUUGUCAGGUCUGCAUGAAGAGACCAGUGUAAACAAUAGCCACUCUUGAUAGAACAUGAAACCCUGCUUUUAUUACAAAGAAUUGCCUAAAUUUGGAGAACUAUAAUUUAUUAAAGUCCAACUGCACCUGGAAAGAAAACUAUGAUUGCCAGUGCAGCACUGUGGUGAGGUAGGGCAACAGUUUGACUUUUGUCUUUGGCAAAUGACAAAGCACUUUGUUGGAGUAAGCUUGUAAUGACAGUCUGCAGGGUCUUCUCCAGAACUGUGUCAUCUCUAAGCUGCAUCUUCAUGACAAAAUCUGUGGCAUUGCCAAAUCUUUAAUGAAGGACAUUAAUGCUGCCUUGUGUCAUGUGCUUUUCAAACAGCAAGACAAACAAAAUGCUCUAGUAUCAGCUUACAGAUGAUCAGUGUUCAAAGCAGGUAUAAUUUAAGAUGAAAAUCCAGCACUUAUGAGAGAUAGGGUUCGAUAUGAAAUAUUUGCAGUGCACUUUUAAAUUCAAAUUGAUUAAUUUAGGGUUGCUUUUGUUUGAUUUUCUUGUCUAAUAAACAAGCCCUCUUAGCUUACCUUUCCUUGGCUGGGAAACAGGCGUACAGUCUUAUUUUGCAUUACUGCAAUAAUAAUGGCUUUUGACUAGCCAGGAAGGAAGCUACACUGUGCCCUGGUUAGACACUACAGUUCUGAUGUGCACUGGCUAUGUUCUCUAGAGUGAAUUCAGCUAAGUGCUGACUAAUUGAAAGGGCAGGAAAAUCUUCUUGAGACACCAUGCCUUUGACAUAGAUUAUGAGAUCUUAAAAAUCCUUCAGAAGUUGACAGUAUUGAGCCUUUAUUUUGAUCCCGUGGUUUUGUCUCUACUGAUGAACAACCAUUUAGCAUAUCAUAAUUUAAGAAAUCAACGGAAUUUACAAUUACUCUGUGGUUCAGCAGCUCCCACAGCAUUAUCGGAUUAUUACAGAUCCUCCAGGAAGUAAUCUGUGUUUCAUUUUCUUAAUAUUCAACUUUGAAAUAUUUAUCGCAAAUGAUACACCAUUUUGAAAUAUUUAGCACAAACACUUAUUCAAAUUUCAUUUAUUCCAUCCAGUUAAAUUUAUGCAUCCAAAAUUGAAACGAGAUUGAUACUUAAAUUGUACCACUGAGCACUGACUUAACAAAAGAAUCCAACUGCAAAUGAACGUGAAUACUUGAAAAGCACUUUCAUUUACUCAUAUAACUUAUAUAAAAUUGUAGCUCUGAUUUUUUUUUUAAAUAUUUGUAAUAUUGCACUUGCAAGGCUAUUUAAAAUUGUAAUGUUAACAUUUAAAAUGUUAAUAUUUUAAUACUUGCACAAAUUAUCAGAAUUCCAGUAUUUAGUUUUAUAGAAGAAGCCUAAUUCAUCUGAAGAGUUGUGUAAAUGUACCAUUUUAAAUGUAAGGUCUAGCAAUACAUUGAAAUAGCCAAGUUUUCUUCUUUAGAUCUUUUUUAAGCCAGUGAAAUUUUAUAUUGUUUCUGUUAAAAUACUUGCAUUAUGUUUGUCUGUUUGAAUUUUCAGUGUUAAUCUAACUAUGAAACAGUUUCAUCUGUGUUUCAUGUCAUUAUCUUCUAAUGGAGGUGACUUGGAGAUACCAUUUCCAUGAAUUAAAUGAAUACUUUUAAAGUAUUGUUAGCUUGAA